AUGAACGCGGCGCUCGGCGAGGCCAUCGGCAGCAUCCUGAAGAUCUUCACGACGUCCGUGGAGCCGGACUACACGACGCCGUGGAGUGUGUACAUGGAGGAGGAGUGCACGGGUUCCGGUUUUGUCAUUCGGCUCGAGAGCGGCGAGCUCGUCAUCGUCACGAACGCGCACGUCGUCGCGCAGCACGUCGACGUGCGCGUGCGCAAGUCCGGCGGCACGCGCAAGGUCAAGGCGCGGUGCUUGGUGGUCGCGCACACGGCCGACUUGGCGCUGCUCACCGUCGACGACGCGCGGUUCUGGGACGGCGUCGUGCCGCUCGUCUUCGGGUCGCUGCCGCGGCUCUACGACAACGUCAAGGUCGUGGGCUACCCCAUGGGCGGCGACAACGCCUGCGUGACGUCGGGCGUCGUCAGCCGCGUCGACACGACGCCCUACGCGCGCGGCGCGGAGCGGCUCCUCGUCGUCCAGAUCGACGCGGCGAUCAACAGCGGCAACUCCGGCGGGCCGGCCCUCGACGACGCGAGCCGCGUCGUCGGCGUCGCGUUCUCGGGCUACGCGGGGAGCGCGGACAACAUCGGCUACGUGAUCCCGGCCGAGGUCGUCGGCCGGUUGCUCCUGGACUACGCGGAGCUCAAGCUGCGGGCGCCGCGGACGCGGGAGCCCGUCAAAUGGCCGGGGCUGUGCGACCUGGGCGUGUCCCUGCAGCCGCUGGAGAACCCGACGCACCGCGCGGCGUUGCGCGUCGACGACGACGCCGGCGGCGUGCUCGUGACGCGCGUCGCGCCCGCGGGCUGCGCCAAGGCGGCGGGCCUGCGCGCGGGGGACGUGCUCGUGGCCAUCGGCGGCAUCUCCGUGGCGAACGACGGCUCCGUGGCGCUGCGGGGCGGCGAGCGGGUCAACUGCGAGCACCUCUGGACGUCGCGGCGGUCCGGGGACGAAGUGAACAUCGGGGUGUUGCGCGGCGGCGUCGCCCGCGACGUCGACGUCGUCCUCGCGCCCCUGCGGCGGCUCGUGCCCAUCGCCGACGGCCACGACGCGAAGCCGUCGUACGUCGUCUGCGGCGGCCUCGUCUUCAUGGCGCUGUCGCUGCCGUUGAUCCUCGCGGUGUCGACGGACGACUCGGACGACGAGGAGGACUGCGGCCUCGAGACGAGCGACGCGCUGCGCCACGCGGACUGCCUGGGCAAGGACGCGACGCGGGAGCUGGAGGAGGUCGUCGUCUGGGUGCAGACGCUGACGCACGACGUCAACUUUGGGUACGCGCACCUCUGCCGCAACUUCCCGCGGCUGCGGACGGUCAACGGGACGUCCAUCGCGUCGCUCCAGCAUCUG